AUGAGGAAGAGGGGGCCCGAAAAGGUUCGGCAUGGCUUUUGCCGUUCGGCAAGAGUAAGUCGAGGCCGCAAAUUGCUUCAUCUUAGGUUUCGUCAUUCAGUCACGUCCCCAUUAGUUUCAGAUCUACCGCAGCCUUCGUUCAAGCCAUCUACCUUCUGCGUCUUUGAGAUCGUGAGAGGGAGCUUGUGCGGGAACUCAGAGUGCGACAGCCCUCGUUUGCUUCAGCACGUCCCUUGCCGUUCGGCAAGGGCCAUUGAAGAGGACAUUCGUGCGGGAGUUAGGCACAUUCGUGCAAGAGUGGUGCUUGGUUUCGAUCCGGUGAUUAAGAAAGUCUUGAGGUGUUGCCGUUCGGCACUCGAUCAGCCCAAUUGUAGCAGGUGUCGGGUCCUGAGAGGUUCGACAAGGGAGGGUUUGGAACCUGGACUAGGCCUAUCUAGAAGGGUCGAAGGUGUUUUGGUGAGCUGCCAGGUCUGCAAGUAUCCUUGUCCUCUGGGCAACUCUCCUUCGAAGGGUGGCGUGAGAGUUUUAGGGCUGGGCUAUUUGAAAAUCGGUAAGCAUGUUUCUGUGAGGAGGCCACCGGGUUUAGUUUUGGCUGUGAGGGCAGAGUCGGUAGCGACACGGUGGCUGAGUCACGGAUCACCCUUGAGCUGGGCUGUUUGUCAAAGGAGGGUGCAGCGCACUGAACUGGAUUUCUUCAAAGGGCUGGGCCUUGGAGACUCGCAAGGUGCCCAGGAUCCUGCUGUUUCCGAAAGAGGCUUAAGGUAUUGGGCUUUUGGCAAUCUUGGAGCCGGUCCAAACAAGUUUCGUCAAGGCUUGGAUGUGUUAGGGCUUGAAGCUAGGUCAGCGUAG